UGACCGUUGAUCCUGAGUCAUGUCUGGACGUGGCAAACAAGGCGGCAAAGCUCGCGCCAAGGCCAAGACUCGCUCUUCGCGGGCUGGUCUCCAGUUCCCCGUGGGCCGAGUGCACCGUCUUCUUCGCAAAGGUAACUACGCCGAGCGGGUCGGUGCCGGGGCCCCGGUGUAUCUGGCGGCGGUGCUGGAGUACCUGACGGCCGAGAUCCUGGAGCUGGCGGGUAACGCGGCCCGUGACAACAAGAAGACGCGCAUUAUCCCGCGCCACCUGCAGCUGGCCAUCCGCAACGACGAGGAGCUCAACAAGCUGCUGGGCAAAGUUACCAUCGCUCAGGGCGGUGUCCUGCCCAACAUCCAAGCGGUGCUGCUGCCUAAGAAGACGGAGAGCCACCACAAGGCCAAAUAAAGAACCAAGAUUGGAAACAACCAAAUAAACGGCUCUUUUCAGAGCCACUUCUAUCAUCAGAAAAGAGUAACACAAUUUACUGCACUUGAAACUAAGCACUGUUUAUUAUGGUUCUGAGACUUGCAACUUACUAUCUGUGGCCGUGUAAGGUAUGUUCUCUUGGUCUAUAUUUCAGAAUUGGAAUUUAGGGGCAGUUGUGAACGAGAGGACAUUUGUAUUAGGCUAAGUUUAAUUUUGGAUCCCUAUAACCAUGGUUCCUACAAGGAAAUUAUGUGGUGUGAAUUUUUGUAUUCGUAUCGUUUGCCUGUACAGGAAAGAUGAAGUACAAACUGGACGAUACAAUCUGGUUUAUAACAACGAUGGUGAUGCAUCCUUUUGGUUGCAAGAACACUAAUAAUGGGAACGUAAUUUUAAAAAAGUGAACUCUUCUGAAAAAGCCAAAGUUCAUUUUCAGAAUAAGUACAAGAUUCUGGUAGUCAGGCCUAGCAAAGUCCUCUAAUUCUAGAAUAUGAGACAUGUUUGGAACAUUUAUGCCAUUUACCAUUUUGGCCUUUUCAAGGAUUGCAGACACAAAGACACUUGCUCUCUUAAGUGUUAACGCACUUAUUUUCAACAAACACCCCACACUUCGGUACCAUACGUUGAUAAAACUUUAAUGAGACACUGCCUGUUUUGUGAAAAUCUAAUGAAGAUAAAAGGAAAUAAAGUACGAUGUAGCAAGAGGAAGUAAGCACAAUACAAAAGGAGCAUAGAGGAAACAGAAGUAACACUUGGUCUGGGGAUUAAAGGAAAUUGGGAAAUAGAGGAAAGCAUAGGGAUUUCAGCAGAAAACUAGGGUCACCAGACUCGAGGCUUGUACGUGCAGGCAAAUGACAAAAAGUUCGCUAUUGGAAAAUAAAGCAGAGAUCACAAGAGAGAAGAGCCAGAGGGAUGGAUCUCUAGGUCGUUCCUUUGGUUCUAAAUCCUCUAUAUGUCCUGUAUGUUAGUCACAGUCGUGUCCGACUCUUUGCCACCCCAUGAACUGUAGGCCGACUUCUAAAUCUUUAUGUCCACCCCAGACUUAAUUCAAGUUCAGACAUGCAUAUCCAUCUACUUUCUGACAU